UGGAGUGAGGGUAGCACAUUGAGCUGAAGUUGUGCGGAUCGCGGUGGCUCUGGGCCAGGCAUCUAUCCCAGUUCUGGUGGGAAUUUGGGACAGGGUCAGCAAUGGAUCUCCAGGGGAUGGAUCUCGUGUGGAGUGCAUGGUACGGAAAGUGCGUCGAAGAGAAAGGGUCGUCGCCACUCUUGGCUCCAAGCAUCGUGGUCGCCUGGCUCAGCAGGGCGGAGUGGGAGCAGGUGACGGUUUACCUGUUCUGUGAUGACCAUAAGUUGCAGCGGUAUGCGCUGAACCGCAUCACAGUGUGGAGGAGCAGGUUAGGCAACGAAUUGCCUCUGGCAGUGGCUUCUACUGCUGACCUGAUACGCUGUAAGCUCCUGGAUGUAACUGGUGGCUUGGGCACUGAUGAACUUAGACUACUCUAUGGCAUGGCAUUGGUCAGGUUUGUGAACCUUAUCUCAGAGAGGAAGCCAAAGUUUGUCAAGCUCUCCCUCAAGUCUCUGGCUCAGGAGGUGAACAUUCCAGAUUGGGUUGUUGAACUUCGCCAUGAGUUAACCCACAAGAAAAUGCCCCAUAUAAAUGAUUGCCGCAGAGGUUGCUACUUUGUUCUGGAUUGGCUCCAGAAGACCUUCUGGUGCCAUCAAUUAGAGAACAGCCUGAGAGAAACCUGGGAGUUGGAGGAAGACAAGAUGGAGACAGAGGAAGAGGACCAAGAAGAAGAGAAGAACACUGCUGAUGACAUCAAAGAACAGAAACCAGAGCCUCAGGAUGAUGGGAAAGGUGCAGAGUUGGAUGUCAGGGCUGAUGGAGAUAGUAAAGUCAGUGAAGAGGUGGAUGCUCAUUUGGCAAAGGCCCUGAGACAUAAGGAGUUGUAUGAAAGAGCCCGAGACUUGCUGGUAUCAUAUGAAGAGGAGCAGUUUAAGGUGCUGGAGAAAUUUAGGCAUUUACCUCAGGCUAUUAAGGCGUGGAAUAAACUAUCCCCAUGUGUAGAAGGCAUCCUGGCAGAGCUCAAGGGCAUUUCAUGGGAAAACAGGAAUGCUGUGCUGGAUGCUUUCUUGGAUGACGGCUUCCUCAUUCCCACAUUUGAGCAGUUGGCAGCUUUGCAGAUAGAAUAUGAAGAUGGUCAGACUGAGGUCCAGAGAGGGGAAGGUACUGACCCAGAGUCACACAAAAACGUGGACUUGAAUGACGUCUUGGUGCCAAAGCCGUUCUCUCAGUUCUGGCAGCCCCUGCUCAGGGGCCUGCACUCCCAGACCUUCACGCAGGCCCUGCUGGAGAGGAUGUUCUCUGAGCUGCCAACCUUGGGGGACAGUGGGAUCCGGCCCACCUACAUCCUUAGAUGGACCAUUGAACUGAUCGUGGCCAACACCAAAACUGGAAAGAAUGCUCGCCGAUUUUCUACAAGACAGUGGGAAGCAAGAAGGAGCUGGAGGCUGUUCAACUGCUCCGCCUCCCUUGACUGGCCCCAGGUGGUUGAGUCCUGCUUGGGCUCACCUUGCUGGGCCAGUCCCCAACUCCUUCAGCUUGUCUUCAAAGCCAUGGGACAGGUCCUGCCAGAUGGGGAGCAGGAGAAGCUGCUGCGCAUCUGUUCCAUUUAUACUCAGAAUGGAGAAAACAGCCAGGUGAAAGAGGGAUCAGAGGCUCCCCCCUGCGUGAAGUCUCCAUACACACUGGAUAGCCUAUACUGGGGUCUUAAACCAGCUGGUUCUAACUGUUGUUCUGAAGGAAAGGCCCAGCAGCAGGGGGAACAGGGCAGCCAUAAUGAUAUCAAUCAAGAAGAGAAGGAAGAGAAAAAAGUGUUGCAAGACCAGAUGGAAGAAGACGAUGAAGAAGAUGAUGACGAUAACCUGGAAGAUGAAGAGGGAAUUGAAGAUGACGAUGAAGAUGGUGAUGAAGAUGAUGAUGAUGACGACGAUGAUGAUGAUGACGAUGACGAUGAUGAUGAGGAUGAUGAAGACGAGGAAGAAGAUGAAGAUGAAGACAGAAUGGAGGUGGGACCUUUCUCUACUGUGCAGGAAUCCCCUACAGUGGAGAAUGCCAGGCUCCUGGUCCAGAAACGAGGAGCUUUGCAGGGUUCUGCAUGGCAAGUUAGUUCAGAGGAUGUGCGAUGGGACACGUUCCCCUUAGGCCGAAUGCCAGGUCAGACUGAGGACCCAGCAGAACUUAUGCUGGACAAUUAUGACACCAUGUAUCUUUUGGACCAGCCUGUGCUAGACCAGCGGCUGGAACCCCCAACAGGCAAAGCUGGCACCCUGGGCCUAAGCUGUGGUGUUGGCAGUGGCAACUGCAGCAAUAGCAGCACCAAUUUUGAGGGUCUUCUCUGGAGCCAGGGGCAGCUGCAUGGGCUCAAAACUGGCCUGCAGCUCUUCUGAUGCCAGCCUUGAUGCAAGUGUUCAUCCAUCCCUGCCAGGACAACAGCCCACCCCAGAGUCCACCUGAUGUUCCAUGAUACAAUUGGGAGACAGCCUGAAUCAGUCAUGGCAACUCAUCUUUCCACCAGAAUGGAAUUUUGAACGUUUUUCCCCUUUUUAUUUUGCUUUGUUUUGAAAAACAAUAAACAGGCAACUGUA